GCCCUGUAUACUAUAUACAUAGAAGCCAUGUCGCUUAUUCGUACACUAUAUACCUAUAUAUAAACCAGUUUCUGUUCCCACUCGCUCAUUCUACUCACCGAACUCGGAAACCAACAAAUCACCUUUAUAGCUAUUCAAUCAAAUCAUACACAACAUGCAUCCCAUUAGCAAACAAGUGUUCAGGGGGUUGAAGAAAAUCGCCAGCAGGAAUUUGGCCGUCAGCGCGACCAACAGACAGCAACCCCAACAGCAGGAGCUCCCCGAGGGUAGCGGCAGAUUGCCUUUGACCAGUCUCACUGAAGACGAGGCCGCCAUGAAGGAAACAGUGGCGAAAUUGGCUAAAGAGCAAAUAGCCCCGUUCGUUCGUCAAAUGGAAGACGAAAAGAAAGUCACCGAUUCGGUCCUGAAAACUUUGUUCGACAACGGGCUAAUGGGGAUCGAAAUAGACACGGAUUACGGCGGAUCGGGUUGUAACUUCCUCACGGCCAUUCUGACUGUCGAGGAAAUCUCCAAGGUGGACCCCGCCGUGGGUGCCCUGGUGGACAUCCACAACACCCUGGUGAACACUGUGAUAAAUAGAUACGGCAGCAAAGAGCAGCAGGAGAAAUAUCUACCGCGAUUGGCCCAGGACACGGUAGCGAGUUUCGCCCUCACCGAACCAUCAUCAGGAUCGGACGCGUUCGCGCUGAAAACCACGGCGAAGAAGGAGGGCGAGCACUUCAUCCUCAACGGCUCCAAAAUGUGGAUAUCCAACUCCGAUCUAUCCGGGAUAUUCCUGAUAAUGGCCAACGCCAAUCCUUCGGCGGGCUACAGAGGCAUAACGUGCUUCAUAGUGGACCGCGACACGCCGGGCUUCAGCGUGGCCAAGCCGGAGAACAAGCUGGGCAUCGUCGCCUCGGGCACGUGCAUGCUCAACCUGGACAACGUGAAGGUGCACGAGUCCGCCAUACUGGGCGAAUUCGGCAAGGGCUACAAGAUAGCGGCGAGCAUCCUGAACGAGGGGCGCGUCGGCAUCGCGGCGCAGAUGAUCGGCCUGGCCCAAGGGUGCUUCGACGCCACCAUACCGUACACGUUGGAGCGGCGGCAGUUCGGCAAGCCGGUGUUCACGUUCCAGGGCAUGCAACACCAAAUAGCCGACGUGGCCACCCAGAUCGAAUGCGCCCGAUUGCUCACCUACAACGCCGCCCGAAUGGUCGAGGCCAAGAUGCCCUUCAUGAAAGAGGCCGCCAUGGCCAAGUACUAUGCGGCCGACAUAGCCCAAACGGUUACGGUGAAAUGCAUCGAUUGGAUGGGCGGCGUCGGCUUCACCAAGGACUUCAUCCAGGAGAAGUUCUACAGGGACGUCAAAAUCGGCAGCAUCUACGAGGGCACCGUCAACAUGCAGCUCAGCACUAUCGCCAAAUGCAUCGAAAAGGAGUACAAACACUAAUUACGGGGACAUAUUUAAGCUUGUACAUAUAAGUGCCAUUUUUAGUUAUAGUUCUUAUAUUAUUUAUCGCAUAUUAUUUUUCUAUUAACAUUAAACGAUAAUACCUACAACAAUGUUUGUUAUUAGUUAGUAGCUUACACGUAUUUACAGAAAUAUUUCAUAUCGGUUGGAGACAGCCACCGGUAGCAGCCUCCUAGAUUGUUUUGUAUGAUGUAUUUCAUGGUGUAGGGAUUCUGGUUGUUUUCCUCUUCCCAUCGUUCCUGUUCCUUUUGCUUGUCGAGGAUUUCCUGAGACACUGCCAUCGCUUUGAAGGGUAGCUUCAUCGCUACGUCGUGUAGAAAAUCUUUCACUUCUUUGAAUUCGCAUUUGCCGCCUAAUUCUAUGAUAACUCGACC